AUGGACAAAGGCAAAGGAAAGGAAUUUAUCAUUGAUUUGAACGAUGAAGACUUUGAUUACCAAUAUGAUAGCAUUGUUAAAACUGAGUUUGAUGAAGAGGCCAUUCUAGUUUCGGACAAGAUUUUUAAUGAUUUAAAUGUUGAAGAUGUAUGGAAGAUGGAGUUUAGCUCAGUAGAGGAGACAGAAGAAUUUGAUAAUUUAUUUGCUAAAGUUAUCGGAUUUAGUCUUAGAAAGGAUGAUGUGAAACGAGAUAAAAAUCCAAAUAUAGUAUCUUAUAAAGCUCAAUUGAAUGCAAUGCGAGGUGUUGACAUGGGAACUAGCCAAAUUAUGGAUUACAUGGUGCAACAAUCAGGUGGAUAUAACAAUGUUGGCUUCACAAAAAAAAAUCUAUAUAACCAUGUUGAUGUUGAUCGUAGAGUUCAUCUAAGAGAUGGUGAUGCAGAGGGUGCUCUGGCGUAUUUGUGUGGAAAGUCUGAAAUGGAUCCAUCAUUUUAUUACAAAUACAAUGUUGAUGAAGACAACCGUCUAGCAAACCUAUUUUUGGCAGAUUCUACUAGUAAAUUGGAUUACAAUUGUUUUGGAGAUGUGUUAGCAUUUGAUACAACUUAUCGGACUAAUGCUUAUAAAAAACCGUUGGUCAUACUAGUUGGCAUUAACCAUCACCAUCAAACUAUAGUGUUUGGAUGUGUAUUAUUGGUAGAUGAGAGUGUUAGCACUUAUACUUGGGUCUUGGAGACUUUUUUGGAUGCAAUGAAUAACAAGAAGCCUCUUUUUGUUAUUACUGAUGGGGAUAAAGCAAUGCGUAAAGCCAUCAAGAGGAUAUUUCCAGACUCUUGUCAUCGAUUAUGUGCUUGGCAUAUUCAACGCAAUGCAUUCACUAAUGUCCAUGUCAAAGAUUUUACUAAUUAUUUUUCUAAGUGCAUGUUCAUGGAAGGCACCGUUGAAGAAUUUGAAUGUGCAUGGAAUGACAUGUUGGAAAUGUUUAAUCUUCACGGACAUAAGUGGGUGACAGAUAUAUAUGCUAAGCGUUCUAGAUGGGCAGAGGCUUAUUUAAGGGGGCAUUUCUUUGCUGGUAUGAAAAACACACAAAGGUGUGAGAGCAUGAAUGCAUACUUGAAUCGUUUCCUUAAAACUCAUUUGAAGCUGUUUGAGUUUGUCAAGCAUUUUGAUAGAGCACUCUCACGUAUUCGUCAUAAUGAGGCAAAGGCAGAGUUUGAGACACACCAUUCUUCAGCUCUUCUAACAACCAAACUCUAUGCACUUGAGAAAUAUGCAGGGACUGUCUUCACAAGGCAAUCUUUUCUAAAAUUUAGGGAUGAGAUGAAGAAUGCAGAAUUGUUUUUCCCUAUCAGUACAGAAAAUCAUGAAGGUUAUCGUGUCCAUACAUUGACCAAGUUUAGAAGCCCUGACAAGAUUUGGAAAUUGGUUUUCCAUGUCCCCACAUGA